AUGUCGCCUUAUUCUCAUUGCGUCUCAUGCUGGACCUUGGGAAAAGCGAACAAAAGCGUGGUAAAAGACAUGAAAGGCAAGUUCGGUAGCGUUUCGAGGAGAGGGAGACUUGGGUACGAGAUGAUAUCGAGGUCUCAACAGAGUUGUUGGGUUCACUUACCGCCGGAGCUUUUAAGGGAAGUGUUGAUGAGAAUUGAGGCGUCGGAAGAUACAUGGCUUCCGAGGAGAAAUGUGGUUACUUGUGCUGGUGUGUGUAAGAAUUGGAGGGAGAUUAUGAAAGAGCUCGUGAAAUCCCCAGAAGUUUCGGGCAAGCUGACGUUCCCUAUUUCGUUGAAGCAGCCAGGUCCCAAGGACUCCAUUUUCCAGUGUUAUAUAAAGCGGAGUCGCACCAUGCUAAACCACACGUAUUAUCUUUAUUUGAGCUUAAACGAUGCUUCAACUGAUAAUGGCAAGUUUCUUCUUGCUGCCAAAAAGUGUAGACGCGCAACAUGCACGGACUACAUCAUCUCCUCAAACCCUAAAGAUGUAUCUGAAGCGAACAGUGCCUUCGUUGGGAAGCUGAGAUCAAAUUUUCUAGGCAACACAUUUACGGUUUACGAUUCUCAACCAGCCGAUACCGAAUGUCGUUCCACCAAAGUUCCUGCUGGCAACAAUUCUGUGGCUCACAUUGCUUACGAGCUGCACGUCAUGGGUUCCAAUGUAUCAAGGAGAUUGCAAUGUGUAAUGGACGCAAUCCCUGCCAGUGCUGUUAAGCCUGCGCAGAUUGAAUUUGUUGAUAUCAAUUUAAAUAGUAUGCCAUCUCUCCCUAUCUUCCGAUCAAAGCCAGGUCAAGAGAGUGAGCAAUGUCAGAAUGAAGGUAUGCUAGUAUUAAAGAACAAGGCACCUAGGUGGCACGAACAACUCCAGUGCUGGUGUUUGAACUUCAACGAACGAGUAACCGGUGGUUCAGUUAUGAAUUUUCAGCUGGUUGCUUCUCCAGAGGAGGGAAUUACUGAUGACGCUGAGAAUGAGAAUGUCAUUCUUGAGUUUGGAAAAGUAGGCGAAGAUUUAUACACAAUGGAUUACCAGUAUCCAAUCUCAGCCUUCCAAGCAUUUGCUAUUUGUCUUAGCAGCUUUGACACCAACAUUGCUUGUGAAUGA